GGUGGUGCGUGGGUUGCCCCAAGUUGGGUUCUUGGGGCCUCAGUUUCCCCCGAGGGUCUGGGGUCUUGUCGGGGUGUGUAUUUGCGGGUCUGUGUCCUGGGGGUGGCUCACCCGGCAGCGGCUUGGCGGCGGCGGCGGCAGCGAGCGAGAGCGGGGAGCAGGUGACACUUGAAGAAUGGAUGAUGACGAUUUUGGUGGUUUUGAGGCUGCAGAGACUUUUGAUGGUGGAAAUGGUGAAACCCAAACAACAUCUCCUGCUAUUCCUUGGGCUGCCUUCCCUACAGUAUCUGGAGUCCAUCUUUCACCAGCUUCUCCUGAGAUUGUUUUGGACCAUGACCACUCGCCUCCUUCACUUGGAUGCCUCUCUUCUGAUGCCAUCAUUUCAUCACCAGAGAAUGUACAUGCAGACAAUACUAUUAUGAAUCAAACAAUUCCUAAAGCACAGAUUCAGCAAACAACGCACACUCAUCUGGAUAUCCCACUUUUUCCAUUGGGCUUAACUGAUGAGGCAAGUAAUGGAACAAUUGCUACUGUGGAUGAGUCUGAGGAUUCUGGAACCCAUGUAUCAAACAUACAGCUUCAGCAAAAAAUUUCAAGCCUGGAGAUUAAACUCAAAGCCUCUGAAGAAGAAAAACUAAGAAUUAAAAAGGAUGUUGAAUCAUUAAUGGAAAAGCAUAGUGUGUUAGAAAAAGGUUUCCUAAAAGAAAAAGAGCAAGAGGCCAUUUCUUUUCAAGAUAGAUACAAAGAACUUCAGGAAAAACAUAAACAAGAACUGGAAGACAUGAGAAAAGCUGGUCAUGAAGCCCUUAGCAUUAUUGUGGAUGAAUAUAAGGCACUACUGCAGUCUUCAGUUAAGCAACAAGUAGAAGCUAUUGAAAAACAGUACAUCUGUGCAAUUGAGAAACAAGCCCACAAGUGUGAAGAGUUGCUAAAUACUCAGCAUCAGAGGCUCCUUGAAAUGCUAGAUACAGAGAAAGAUCUGUUUAAAGAAAAAAUAAAGGAAGCUUUGAUUCAGCAAUCUCAAGAACAGAAGGAAAUACUAGAAAAAUGUUUGGAGGAAGAAAGGCAAAAAAAUAAAGAGGCAUUGGUGUCUGCUGCAAAGCUUGAGAAAGAAGCAGUGAAGGAGAUAGUUAUGAAAGCAGUAGAAGAAGAACGAAAAAAUUUGGAAAAAGCCCAUGCUGAAGAAAGGGAAUUAUGGAAGACAGAACAUGCAAAAGAUCAAGAAAAAGUAUCCCAGGCAAUUCAAACAGCUAUACAAGAACAAAGAAAAAUAAGUCAGGAAACUGUUAAGGCAGCAAUAAUAGAAGAACAGAAGCGAAGUGAAAAGGCUGUAGAAGAGGCAGUGAAAAGAACAAGAGAUGAAUUGAUAGAAUAUGUAAAAGAACAGAAAAGGCUUGACCAAGUCAUCCGCCAAAGAAGCCUGUCCAGUUUGGAGCUGUUCCUCUCCUGUGCACAGAAACAGUUAAGUGCUUUAAUAGCUACGGAACCAGUUGACAUUGAAUAAAGAACAUGACAAGCUAACCCACACUGGUAUUGCAUAAAUCAUUAGACGUCUAAAAUACAUGCCAUGAAUUAUAAAGAUG